AUGGCUCAGUGCUACCUUGGUACUGGUAGCUGGACUGGCAGCAUUCCACCCUUCCAUUCCACCCUUCGAGGUCAAGACGAGUGUCUCGCAAUGAGCCGCAACUCUAUCCUCGGCUCCUCCAAUGCGGCCAUGAUCAGAAUUUGUCCAUUGGGGAAAAGGCUCAAGUUAGGAUGGUGGGCCUCGGGUCGUUUUUCACCUUUGUUCAUGUUAUUAACCUUGCUCCCUCGCCCAGUGUUCGGAUUCGACACUUCCAUGAGUAGCGUUCUGCGACCCCAAGUCGCCAUUUCAAGUUCGAAGAGGACGUCGAGUGGGGCGUUUUCGUUAAUCCGAAUAAAGAAGCUGUUGGGGGAAACACAGUCCGAUGCACCCGCUUUUUGCAAGGGCGCCGAGUUCACCAGCUUAGGGUCACUUGCAGGAUUGCAUGGCCAAGAAGGGUGUCAUUUAACAAAGUCUAAAGCACUGCAGAAUAGUAGUCAGGACACGGUCGUGGGUGGUGGCCUUGAGUGGCAGGACGGGUUGCUCAAACCCCGAGCUAUGGUCACUGGUGCCGGGUAA